AUGUCAUCAGAAAUAGCACAAGAAACUCAAGUUCAUUCAUCGGAUCAUCAUCAAGGAACCACAGUGAGUGAUUUAUUUAAUUCCGAUACCAUUCAAUUGCAUACAGUACCAAACUCUAACAACAUGGAGCCAUCCGAUGAAGGAAAUAUUGAGAGAUAUAAAGUUAAACGAGUCUUGAUUGGAGAGAGAAGAGCUCCGAUCAUUUUGCAAAAUUUAAAUGGGCCUUGUCCAUUGAUUGCCAUUUGUAAUUUAAUGUCUUUGAGAGGGGAGAAUAUUGGAAUGGAAGAUUAUAUUGAAAAAGGUUUCAUUACGAAUAAUAAUCUCGUGAGUGUAUUGGCUGAGUACAUGCUCAAAAAGUUUAACAAGAAACAACAAACGGAAGACGCACAAUAUGGAAUUUUGUUUCAAACUGCUCUUGAUCACUUGCCAAUUCUCAAACAUGGUUUGGAUGUCAAUGUUCAAUUUACGGAAGGUGUGAGUGGUUUCAAAACAGAGAAAUCCGAGUUAUCAGUAUUUAAGUUUUUCAACAUGAUCUUAAUGCAUGGAUGGCUGCUUGAUCCAGAAUUUGAUAUCGAGACGUUUAAAGCUCUCAAAGAAUUGUCCUACAAUCAAGCAGUAGAAAAGAUUGUCCUCAUGGAAGAAUUAAUGGCAGCUGAGGAAAAAUUGAGAAAGAAAUUGGAAAGUGACUCUUCUACCACACUCAACGAACGAGAAGGUUCUCAGAUAUCUUCUCACAAUGAUAUCACUGAAUCCAAUAAUACUGAAAAACCACUCACAGAAUAUUCAACACCCGAGGAAAUGGCUCUCAAAAUGAGUCCUCAACAGAAACAUCAAAUCAUCAACGAGGGCUUGCUGAUAAAACAAUUCCUCGAAAAUUCAUCCACACAAUUAACAGAAUAUGGCCUUAAAAUGAUUAAUCAAAAUUUAGGAGAACGUAAAUUAGCAGUGCUCUUCAGAAAUAAUCACUUUAGCGUGAUUUGUAAGAUUCAAGACGCUUUACUCACACUCUGUACAGACGAGACCUUGCUCAACGAAACAAACAUUGUAUGGGAGAAUUUAUCUUCGAUCAAUGGAGAAAAUCAACAUUACUAUUUGGGAGAUUUCACACCUUUCCAAAUGCUUGAAACUCAUUCACAAAAUUAUGAAUAUCAUAGAAAUCAACAACAACAACAACCAGAAUUUAUGUCACACCAACAACAACCACCAACAUUAUCACAUGAAGAUUCCGAUUUACAAUUGGCUUUACAACUUCAACAAGAAGAAGAAAGGGCCUAUCAGCAACAAUUGGCCGAACAACAGCAACAACAACCACAACGAAGUCCUCGAAUGCAACAACAACAAUUACAACCACCAAUGGGAUCGAAUGAUCCAACUGCUUCACCAGGAAUGGUGUCACAAAGUAGUAGUACAGCCAGUACUUCUAGUAAUCCAUAUGAUCGAGAGCCAUCGAUCCCAUUCGGAAAUGUGCCCACCAUUCGAGAAAAGAAAACUUCAACAAACCCAAACGCCAACACAAAAUAUGGAUCAAAUAACAAGUAUGCCAAUCAAGCAAGUCAACUGCGAGAUUUAAACACUGAACGAAGGCAACGAGAACAACAAAUGCGACAAGAAGAUCCAAAGGCCUACGCAAAGAAAUCAAAAGAGGCCAAAAGGAAGUCUGAGGAUGGUUGUAUUAUUUGUUAA